GUCUAUACUCUCUCUCAGUCACCACUAGAAACAUACAGGGGUGGUGGUGGGACAGGUGUACUGUCUUACUUUGUCUCAUUAAACUUUAAUCUCUCUUAAAUUCCAUGCAGUUUAACUUUCCUUUCCCCUAGGAAUUCCUGAACGAAGUGGACACACUCCUCAGUCACGAUCUCUGUCCUUCUCCUACCUAAAACAUCCAGCAUCUCCACUUCAUCUGUAGCUUCCUGCACUUUUAUCUCUUCCUGAUCCUGACUCCUUCUCACAGUUUACACUUUCUCUUUGGGCUGUAAAUGAAGUGUUUAUACGCAGUGUCACUGUCCAGCUCCUCUUUCCUUUAAGGAGAAGCUUUUACACUCCCAUCACUACAACUUUUAAACUUCUGACGGUUCCUGGUUAAUUCCUCACCUGUUUUCACCUGUGCAGUGCUGCAGGUUGUGUCUCAGAUAUGAUGUUCUGCAGGGUUCCUCUCCACCUCCUGCUUUUACUCAUCCUCAUGUUCAUCACAGUUCCUUUAUCAGCUGUCAUUAUUGUAAAGGUGGAGAUUAAUCAGGCUGCUGCUCUGCCCUGUGAACGGAGAUGUUCUGAUCAUGCCACAUGGUUCAAUAACCCAGGUUAUAUAGUGGCUCAGUGUGAUCAGACAUCCUGCAGUUCAGCAGAAGGAUUUAGCAUCUCCCAUGAUCAGUAUCUGAAGGGAGAUCUGACCCUCACCAUCCCUGUAGCUGAUGACAGUAAGAGGAACAUAUACACGUGUCAGUGUGAUGGAACAGACAUUACUGAUGUGCGUCUCGGCAUCAGGUCCGUCAUAUCACCAGUUCAGGUGAAUCCUGGUGAAGAUCUACAGCUGAAUUUGCACAUAUCAGACCAAGUGGAGGUGAUCUUUAAACACAGAAAUUCAACAGAUCCACGUGGUGUACAGAUCUGCAGUGUGUAUAAAAGCUCACUAGACUGUACAGCUGAAUACACACAGAGAACAUCACUCACUAACACACUUCUUACACUGAGAGGAGUAAAGAGGACUGAUGAUGGAGAUUACAUCGUCAGAGACACGGAGUAUAACGAGAACCUUCAUAUUUACUCAGUAACAGUAAGAGAACCUCCUCUACCAGUGUGGGCGAUCGUCCUGAUAGUGGUGGUGGUGGUGUUUCUGGUUGCUGCACUGAUUGUGUCAAUCCUGUACCUGAUUAAAUAUAACAACAGACGAUUCUAUCAUGAUGUCCUGAAACGUUCUCGAAGCCCAGAUGAAAAGGUGGGCUUCGUGCGAAGAGCCGUCAGAAGAGUCUUCUGGAGUUUAGAGUCUUCUGGGGAGUUUUCUGAGGAUGAGCCAGGGCAAAAGGGACUGCCUGGAGGGGGGAAAGUAAAGAAGGAAAAAGGGGGAAAAAAAGGGGAAAAGAGAAAAAAAGGAGGGGUUUUGUAGUGCAGGGAGUGUUUUCUUCAAUACUUAUUAAUUAUUCAAUACUUCAAUAUUUUUUUUAUUUUUUUAACAAGAAUAUAUUUUAAUUAAUGUUAAAUUCUUUGUAGACUUCCAUAAAGGUAAAAGAUUAAC